GCACCAAUAAUCUUAAGCUGCAGACACGUAGCAUUAACACAUCACCACACCCAAACAUUAUAAAAGUUAAGAACACAAACAAAGUCCCAUAAACUCCAACACAAGAAGAACGAUAACUUCAACAAAUUUAAGCAUCAAACAAAAAUACUUAGUAGCUCUCUAGCUAAUUUAUUUUGAUUGAAAUUGAAAAUGGUUGGCACAAGAAGCAACCCUUGUAGGUGUAAGGUGGUGGGGCCUACACUUGGGUUUGUGGCGUUUGUCGCGGCGGCGGUGGUGGAAUGGCCGGUGGGGGCUCUUGUGUAUGUCUUUAAGCACAGGAAGGGUCGCAGAAUAAUGGGUCAUCCUGCCACUGUUGUAUACCCUAAAGUCACCAGGGCCAUCCCCAUCUAAUUUAUAUUAUAUGUAUUGUU